UUACAGGACAGCUACAGGAGCCGUUGGCAGGAAGUAAACUGUUGUUUUUGAGGAGGUGCACACACGUUGUUGACAGAGACAUGCCCUUGAACCAACGCUAGUCCUGCUUUUGUCAUCAGUGUCAUUAUAUUGUUUAGCUUACCGUCUUCAGAGUAUUGUAGGUAUGUAAAUGCGUCAUUUUUAGUUAGCCAGCUACCAGUCAAGGUGAAAAGCCAAGUUUAUCAGCAGUAACAGCGCCACCAUGGGGUUUCUACUGUCUAAAUCUAUGGAUGCCAACUUGAAAAAGCAGCAAGAAUUCAUGCUCCACAAUUCCCGGCUGCAGAUGGAGCGUCAGAUCCUGAUGCAGAAUCAGAUGAGAGAGAGACAGAUGGCUAUGCAGAUUGCCUGGUCCAGAGAGUUUCUCAAAUACUUCGGCAGCUUCUUUGCAGUGGCUACAGUGGGACUCACUGUCGGUGCCGUCAAAAGAAAGAAGCCAUUCCUGCUGGCUCCCAUCUUCCCUCUCAGCUUCAUUUUAGCCUACCAGAUGGACGGCGCCUACGGGUCACUUAUUUACCGUAUGAGAGGGGAGGCUGAGAGUAUCAUGGCAACUGAACAUGACCGUCUGGACUUGCCUCAUGGGACUCCAACUUUCGAUAGCGUAGAAAAGGCCCGCCGCGCUAAGAGCAGCCUCAGCUCCUUAUUGGAGAAAUGAUGUGAUCAUGAUAAAAUCACAAUUGUCCAGUUGAUGCAUUUAGUCAUUUUGCUUUUGCUUAAUAAUGGAAAAAAUGUCCAUACCAACUGCCUUUUUGACAACGUUGAGUCUAUGUUUUGCACUAGUUAUCUAUCAUGGACACUGAGUCAAAUCAGUCCCAGUGUUAAUGGAUAUAAAAUUAUUGAUGUUGUUUUUGUGGUAAUUGUUAUUCGCGGUGCAUCAGUUGCCAAACUCUUUAGCACUGAACUGUUCUAAACUUUUUAAAGUCAGUCUCUCCAGCCUUGUUCUGCUCAUGCUCACCGAGUUAGCCGCUCAACCUCAGAAUCAUUGUGAUUGGCUGCUCCAAGGGAGCGUGCAUUGCCGUGUAUUGUUGUUGCACGCUUUCGGUUCAAACAGAUGAUAAUCGGUCCAUUCCCAGAUGAUCCGUGAAUAGUGCUGCCUUAACCUUGUUACGCUCUGUGCCUCAGCUCGUCUUAACUUGGGGGGGCAACUACAUUGGACAUUGAAGGAAGGCAGAAGUCUCAUGCACAGUGCAUGAGAGUUAGUAGCCCUGUAUGGCAGCAGCUAUGCUAACCUCUUAAGGAGCCGCCAUUGUUGUUUUCUAAUGUGCUGUCAUGCCAUUGUCACAUCUAACCCACCAGUAGCUGCCCGUACUUCCUCAUAGGGUGCUGAUUGGUCUGAACAACUGUGUUUUCACCACAAGCACAUGACUUGAAGCCUGUUGUGCGAUCUAAUGAACUCAAGGUGUAGUUAAAGCUGCAUGGGGGACUUAUGGCCACUAGAGGGCAGAAAGACUCCUAAACACACAUUGCUGAUGUUUUAGCAAACAUUUGCCUUCUUGCACAUCAAACAGACACAAAACAACAUGAAAAUCUCAAUGGUGCCUAUUUACUUGCCAUCUGACACGUACAAAUGCAAUAUAAACAUGUUUGGAUCACCAUGGAAACAUUAGACAUUAGAUACUAGCUUGUUUGCUCAAAUGGACCGGAUAAUCGAAGCAGCUAAAGCGUGAUCACAAUGUUAAUAUAAAACAUUUGACCUUUUUUUUUUUUUUAAUUGUAAAGAUUCUCAACACUGCAGACAUUUGUCCUGACAGCAGAAGAUUGUUAUUCCCUCAAACUGUAUCGCUAAAACUUAAAAACUAAAACUAGAGACAAGUUCACUUGCCAAGGUUGGAUUUCAGUGCUAAGGAGCUUUAGACCAAAGCUGUAGUUAGCAUUGGUGCUCCUGUGACUUUUAUUGUUACUAUCACACUAGUAUUCAGUGGAUGCAAAAUAUGACAAGGUGCUUAUAUUUUUUCAAAAAGUCUUUACCAUCCUUUUAAGUCAUGUAUGACAUCAUGGAAACUAUAUUUAUAAACCCAAUAAAAAGAAAUUUUGCA